UGCGAUCUGAUGGAUGUGGGAAGACUUCCCAAAUAUGCCAUUGCUGUGAGGAUUUAGGGAGAUUCUUCCCAGUAUGUGUUUACCAGCAGAAUCUUUGUGCUGCUUCCUGCACUGCGACUGCCUUAUGUUCCUCAAAUAGUAACAAAUAGUAAUCAAUAAUGUAAUAAUUGGAAAUCUUAGAAGGUUCAUCUGCAUCUCUUUAUUUUAAAAUGUGUUCACUUUCUUAGUCCACCAGAAAUUGAAGGCAUUGAGGUAGUGCUUUUGUUUUAAAACAAGAAUAAAGUAAGGAAAAAUUUCUACUUUCUUCUCUUACUGACUAACACAUCACCCACACAAUCUAUGGGUAAUUAGGUUCUUAAUAAGUGGAUUGUAGAUUGCACGGAGAGGUGAAAUGCUGACAGUGCUAGUGAAUGAAACGGCUGAACAGAUGUUUGGCACAGCUGUUACCCUACCCACUAGUUUUAGUAGUCUUCAUUUUGUGGAGUUUGUGAGAAUAAGCAUUGUUCUCAAUUUCCUUGUUGGGACUACAGUCUGACUGUACAGCAAGAGUUUGUUCUUCUAUUCCACCUCCAACCAUUUCCAUAUGACACACAGUUCAGUACCUGCAGUAUCACUAUGUUUGUAGUCCCUUCUCAUCUCAGUGUACCCUGGCAGGAGCAGAUCAGGUAGACCUGAUGGCUGAACACAGUACUGAAAUAUUCAGGCUAUACUGAUCUCCUAGUAUAGAUGUAACUACAUUAUCCUACCAGAACUUUAUUGCAGGAUCAGUGAUUUUAAACUUCAUGUUUUUACUUGGCUACUUUUCCUUAAAAAUCAUUAUUUAUUUAUUUAUUUAUUUUUGCACAGCCAGCCAAAUGAGAUGUAUAUCUUGUAACAAAGAGCUGCUUGUAACCUUUUAUCUACAGUACAGACAGAGCAUGUUUGUAUCACUCAGUAUUCUUAUUUUGAUCUUCUGGUGAUAGAAAUAUUACAAAGAACAUUUGGUUCUUUUUGAAAAUAAUUCAAUAAGCAGAAGACAUGAAAAGGAAGGAUGAUUUUUUUAAGUUAUCUUCUCUAUUUUUCCCUGUUUCAUGCUGGGAAGGUUUGUUGUAACUAAAAAAAAUGUGCCAGAGAAGUGCAGAGCCACCUAACCAAAACUGGGCACCUGAGGAUCAUGUCGUCUUCAAUGAGAUGCAGUCAUCCGGCAGACAUUUCAGGGAAGGACACAAUAUAGAACUAUGAUAGCAACCGGAGGAGUCAUAACAGGACUGGCUGCCUUGAAAAGGCAAGAUUCUGCCAGAUCUCAGCAACAUGUAAAUCUUGCCGCAGCACCAGCUUCUGAGGAGAAGAAACCAGUCAGACGCCGGCCCAGGGCAGAUGUAGUCAUUGUCAGGGGCAAAAUCCGACUCUAUUCUCCAUCGGGAUUCUUCCUUGUUUUGGGAGUGCUUAUCGCAUUCUUGGGAAUUGCAAUGGCCAUCCUUGGAUACUGGCCCCAAAAGGAACAGCUUUUGGGAUCUGAAGAUAAUCUAUCAGUAAACGAAACCCAGGUCCUAAGAAACCAAGGAAGCAUUUUACUUCGUUUCUUUGAGCAGCAUGUGCACUCAGAUAAGAUGAAAAUGUUGGGCCCUUUUACUAUGGGAAUUGGAAUCUUCAUUUUUAUUUGCGCAAAUGCCAUUCUACAUGAAAACCGUGACAAGGAAACAAAAAUCAUACACAUGAGAGACAUAUACUCAACUGUAAUAGACAUCCACACCUUGAGGAUCAAGGAACAAAAGCAGUUGAGUGGUGCCUUUGCUGGUUUGUUAGGGGAAGGAGAACUCAGGCACAGUGGGAGCUCAUGUGCAUCACGGCUGGCUGCUAACACAGUUGCACCUUUCUCUGGCUUCAAGAGUAGUUUUAGAAUGGAUAGUUCUGCUGAAGAAGAUGAAAUUACUCUAAAUGAAGAUAGGACCACUGCUAGCCUACUACCACCUCUGCUGACUGAGCAAUCUGGUUCAGUCUUUGGACUUUACCCUCAUUCCAACAAGGCUUCAGAUGACAAAAACACUAGUUCUAUAAAGUGUGAAACAAAAUCCAUUGUGUCAUCUUCCAUUAGUGCUUUCACACUGCCAGUAAUAAAACUGAAUAACUGUGUUAUUGAUGAGCCCAGUAUAGACAACAUAACCGAGGACUCCGAGAUCACAAGGAGUCGGUCCAGAAAUCUUUCAAUGGACUCUUUGGCCAUUCCAUUAACUGACACCAAAGAAUCCUGCAAGCCAGCUGCGCUACCACGACAUAAUUCAUUUGUGGAUACUCAACACGACCAGUUCAAAUCUUCUAUGACCCUCGGACCAAGCACAGGAAAGCUUUUAUCCCCUGGUGCUGCCAGGAAACAGUUUGGUUCCAACACAUCUUUGCAUCUUCUGUCUUCACAUUCAAAGUCACUGGAUUUGGACAGGGGUCCAUCUACACUCACUGUCCAAGCUGAACAAAGGAAACAUCCCAGCUGGCCCAGGCUGGAUCGGAGCAACAGUAAAGGAUAUAUGAAAUUAGAAAACAAAGAAGACCCAAUGGAUAGGUUACUUGUGCCACAAGCAGUGGUCAAAAAAGACUUUACCAAUAAGGAAAAGCUUCUUAUGAUAUCAAGAUCUCAUAAUAAUUUGAGUUUUGAACACGAUGAGUUUUUGAGUAACAAUUUAAAGAGGGGAACUUCAGAAACAAGGUUUUAAUAUUUAAAUUGGAAUUUACAAGAUAUCAUACAGUGUUUUUAAAAAAAACAUUUUGACAAGUGUUUCCUUUUCAGUGAAAAUUCUCUGAGCCUGUUUUUAACCAAAUGCUUAAUAGCAAAUUAAAAUUGGCUUGUGUGAACAGAGAUCUUCAUCUUUGUAAGGCCAAGUUUUUUGUCAUAGUAUCAUACAGUUGCAAUAUUGUACAUUAUCAAUGCUCGGAGAGUUUUGGUACAACUUUUCCAAAUUUUUUCCAAGUAAUUAUCCCUUCUGUUCUAUAUAAGCAUGUUAGUUUCUAUCAAUUUGACUCCAGAAGCCUGCAUUAGAAUAAAAGCUGAGUUUACCUAUAAGUUCUGUUUAUUUAAUGACUGCAAGAGUCUAAAAAUUGUGCUUAUGGUCUAGAAUGGGAAGUGAGCAGCAGUACGUACUGGAAUUGUUAAAUUCAGGCCUUUAUCCUAGGUGUUGCCUUUCACAUAUGAUACAUCUCAGUAAUUACAAUCUUGCCACUGUCAUUGUGAGAAACUUGUUUACAUAUUGAGGUGGGUGGUUAGAGAAGAGUGGGUAUAAUUAAAAACAUUUUUGUGAAUUCAUUGUAAUCGAUCAAGUUGAAUACUAGUGUUGUGAAUUAUUAACUAUGCUUUGUACAAUAAUGUUUCUACAUACAUUAUAAUUUAAUCCCGUAAUUCCAGGAAAACAUAUUAAAGAAAUCUGAAAAUCCUCUAGGGUUAGCUUUCUAAAGCACUUUGAUUGGCAGCAGUUCUAAAGUCUAACUAUUUGGAUUCAAUUAAAAUCAUAGGAACAUAGUGAUAACAGGAUUUUAGAAACGUGAUGUAUAGUAAAAUGAUAUUGAGACAUUAUUCUGAUGGGAAUAAUGGGAAGUGAAUAUAUUGCCUCUCAAUAGCAAGAAGCUAAAUAACUAGAUCUUUAUGGUCAAAAUAGCUGAUACAAAGCAUACAAAUUCAAUAUGCAUACUAACACAGUAUGAAAGCCCCUUGCCUGAAUUUUGUUUUAUAUAUUUCACAUAAUUAUUGGCAUGGUGGUUCACUGAAAGCUUAGCUGGAGUAAUUUGCAUUACAAGAUUUUGCAGAAGUUUGUGACAUUUAAAACAAUGUUUGUCUCACGAGAGCAAACUUCUCAGUUGGCAGUUUUAGGCUGUUUAUAAAGAAAAUGAGAAUUUGAGUGUGCAUACCAGAAAGUUUUCAUGUAUUUCAUUAAGGUACUUAGGCCUUAAUCCUGCCAUGACAGCCAUGAUAGAGAAUGUCAUUUCUGGUUGCAAGGCUCACCUAGCAGGACGUUGGUCUUAACUGGUCAUUUUGGAUAUAUUCACGUAACCUAAAUGCUCAGGAAUUAUUUUUAAUGGCUUUUCCCAAAAAGAAUAAAACCUGUGAAAGUGUUGUACUUCAGUUGGUUAUGAAAGAUCAAACAUAAAAAUACUCUCUCUUUUUUUUUUUUGUUUAAAUAUUCAGCUCCAAAUUUCAACUGUGCAGUGUUUAUGUAUCAGGAGCAUAACUUGCUCAGUGAAUUGAGGCAUAGUGUUAACUAUUAGAACCUCAAGCCUAUAUAUUGUAAUAGAGUUGGCUAAAUAUUUUGCUAUGAAGCUUUUAAUAACUUUCUGGUUUGUGUUCUUAAGACAUUUGCUAUUUUUUGAAACAAAAAUAAAAUGUGUAUCUACA